AUGAGCGAACACAAUUCUAGAUUUUUAUAUAAUACUUUAUUCGGUGCUAGCAGAAUGGAAGCAGAGGCAGAAAUAAUUCCAAUAGAGGAACCUGCGAAAGGUUUAAGUUUACCUGAAAAGUUUGGAGGAAUAACAGCAGUAACAGGACCUAUUGGCAGUGGCAAAAGUCUUCUGUUGAAAGUCCUGACAAAAGAAUACAAAAAUGUAGAAGGCGAUUUAGAAGUCGUCGGCAGCAUUUCUUACGCAUCUCAAGAACCCUGGCUUUUUCCAUCGACCAUCAAACAAAACAUCUUAUUUGGAAGUGGUUACGACGAACAUCGUUACUUAGAAGUUUUACGAGUUUGUGCUCUACUUGAAGAUCUACGUUCUUUAAGCGAUGGUGAUUCUGCUCUUGUAACUGACGGAGGAGCUAAUCUAAGUAAAGGACAACAAGCUAGAAUAAAUUUAGCACGAGCUGUUUAUAAACAACGUGAUAUAUAUUUAUUAGAUGAUUGUCUGAGUAGUUUGGAUGCGAUUGUUGCAGAUUUUGUAUUUGAACAGUGCAUUAAAACUUUUUUGAAAGACAAAAUAGUGAUCUUGAUUACUCCAUCCAUUAAGUACGCCAAUAAGUCAGACAACGUCAUAACAAUGAGAAACGGUCAAAUGCAAAACUCGCAUUCCAUCCAGUGUAACACCCCAAAAAGUGCGGAAACUAAAAGUAUGAAAUAUUUUCAAGAAGAUAAAGCAAAGAGUGAAAAGGAAGAGUCAACUGCGCAAGAAAACUUUGACGAUGAAACCCUACUGAUUAAAAACAACAUAGAGAUCAAAGAACUAUACACAGAAACGAAAGUAAAAGGAAAGGUCCAAUUCGAAGCUUACAAAAAGUAUAUUAAAGAAAACGGAGGCAUGGUCAAAAUUUUUUUAGUUUUACUUCUCACUGGAAUAAUUCAGUUUCUGAAAAGUGCCAUUAAUCAAAUGGAAUCCGUUUGGAUAAAUGCGGAACAAGUAUUAUUUAACAAUGCCACCGACAAGGAAAUCUACACUGAGGCAAAUGAAAAACGUCACCAAAUGUAUUUUGCCGGAACAGUUGGAGUUAUUAUUCUCAUAGCUACAAUUAAUGCAUGGUUCCUUAUUCCAUGUAUUCUGAUUAAUGUAUUCUUGGUUUGCGUACAAAUAUUCUAUUUAAAAAUUGGAAAUGCUUUAAAACGACUGGAAUUCUUAACACGAAGUCCACUAAUUCGCUACAUCAAUGCUACUUUAGACGGAUUAACAACAAUAAGGACCUCAAAAAUCCAAGAUACAUUGCGACAAGAAUUUGAUCAACAUCAAGAUUUGCACACUUCGUGUUCUUACAUGUACACAUGUUGUGAGACAGCUUAUCACAUGGUGCUAGCAGCCGACGAAACAAUUCUCCUUACUUUCGCAAUAAUUCUUUUUUUAGGACUAGAUGACAAAAUGGCAGCAGGAAAAGUUGGACUUGUUUUGUCGCAAAUAUUUAGUUUGGGAGUUUCAGAGCAUUGCUUUUAUCGCAUGAUCACUAGAUUUGAGAAUCAAAUGAUAACAGUAGAAAGAGUUUUGGAAUACACUAAACAAAAACAAGAAAACAAAGAUGGUUUAGUAAUGGAACAUUGGCCAAAGGAAUGUGAAAUACGAUUCAAGGACGUGUCGCUUUCUUACAAGAGCGACCAAGACGAUGUUUUAAAACAAUUAAAUUUCGCCAUCAAAAAUAAGCAAAAAGUUGCCCUCGUUGGUAGGACUGCUUCAGGAAAAACAUCUUUGAUUUCUGCACUCGUCCGACUUUACGAUUUCGAAGGAAACAUUUUUAUUGACAACGUAGACAUCAAAACACUUCCAGUGGAUUUCCUCAGGUCAAAAAUAUCUGUAGUUCCACAAGAACCUACUAUAUUUUCGGGAACGUUACGUGAAAAUAUUGAUCCGAGAGGGCAACAUUCAGACGAUGAUAUUUGGAAAGCUAUUUCAACCGUGAAUUUGUCACUCUUUCAAAAUUUGGAUGAGAAACUUGACAUGAAUAUAAGCAUUUGUCAAAAACAACUCAUUUGUGUGUGUAGAGCUUUGAUUCGGCGUAACAAAAUCGUAAUUUUUGACGAAAGUAAUGCCAGUGUCGAUUCCGAUACUGAAGUUUUGAUACAAAAAUCGAAUUGUUUCAAUAAUUUCCGCAUCAACGACAACGUGACCGUGAAAAUUUGUUUUGUUGUUUUUCAAACCACAUAG